UCCUUACGGAAGUAGAAGCAGGUGCGCGAUUUAUUAAAAAAGAAAAUGGCGACACCCUUGUCAAAACGGGAAUCGGGUCGUAUAAAGAAUGUUGAACAGAAGAGAAUAUUGGACGAGGCCACGCGUCGUCGUCGGCAACGCAAGGCUCUUGAGGCACUUGAGCAGGACAACUUCUCGGAAGACCCUCACGCCGACUUGAAGAUGAGCAAAAAGGCCCCCAAGUUUCAAGAAGAGAUGGAAUCAAAUGGCCCUGACAGAAAGAAGAAGAGGAAGUCAAAGGGAGAUUUUAAGCCGCGGUUUAAAAAGAGUUUUUCAGCACUUCUGGAAGAAGAGCAAAUGAUGAACAAAGAUGGGCCAACCUACUUCACAGCCAGUGUGCCGCCAUCUACGUUUCCAUCCAGACACUUCUGUGCCAUCUGUGGGUAUCUGUCAAACUACACGUGCGUCCAGUGUGGGACCAGGUACUGCUGUGUGAAGUGUCUCGGGACUCAUCAAGACACCAGAUGUUUGAAGUUCAUAGCUUAAUCAAACCAACGUUUGCCAGAUUGGAAAAAUUAAACAAGAAAUCUUUAUGACUUCAGAUGACUUUAGCUGCAAGCAAGAAUUCCAGAAUAAUAACUCGCGAAGAUUGUACUGUACAUCUAGAUAACAACUUGGUGUAAAAUCACUCGCGAAGAUUGUACUGUACAUCUAGAUAACACAACUUGGUGUAAAAUCACUCGCGAAUAUUGUACUGUACAUGUGGAUAACAACUUGAUGUAAAAUCACUCGUGAAGAUUGUACUGUAUAUCUAGAUAACGACUUGGUGUAAAAUCAUUCGUGAAGAUUGUACUGUACAUCUAGAUAACGACUUGGUGUAAAAUCAUUCGUGAAGAUUGUACUGUACAUCUAGAUAACGACUUGGUGUAAAAAUCACUCAUGAAGAUUGUACUGUACAAUAAGAUUGUACUGUACUGUUCAUCUAGAUAACGACUUGGUGUAAAAUCACUCGUGAAGAUUGUACUGUACAUCUAGAUAACGACGAUGUAAAAUCACUCGUGAAGAUUGUACUGUAUAUCUGGAUAACGACUUGAUGUAAAAUCACUCGUGAAGAUUGUACUGUUCAUCUGGAUAACAACUUAAUGUAAAAUCACUCGCGAAGAUUGUACUGUACAUCUAGAUAACAACUUGAUGUAAAAUCACUUGUGAAGAUUGUACUGUACAUCUAGAUAACAACUUGAUGUAAAAUCACUUGUGAAGAUUGUACUGUUCAUCUGGAUAACAACUUGAUGUAAAAUCACUCGUGAAGAUUGUACUGUAUAUUUGGAUAACAUGAUGUAAAAUCACUUGUGAAGAUUGUACUGUUCAUCUGGAUAACAACUUGAUGUAAAAUCACUAGUGAUGAUAGGCAAUGCUGUCUGCAUAGUUCUGAUAGUGAUUUCAGUUAGGCAAUGCUGUCUGCAUAGUUCUGAUAGUGAUUUCAGUUAGGUAAUGCUGUCUGCAUAGUUCUGAUAGUGAUUUCAGUUAGGCAAUGCUGUCUGCAUAGUUCUGAUAGUGAUUUCAGUUAGGUAAUGCUGUCUGCAUAGUUCUGAUAGUGAUUUUAGUUAGGCAAUGCUGUCUGCAUAGUUCUGAUAGUGAUUCAGUUAGGCAGUGCUGUCUGCAUAGUUCUGAUAGUGAUUUCAAUUCUAAAGGCAAUGCUGUGUGUACAGUUCUGACAGUGAUUUCAAUUCUAAAGGCAAUGUUGUGUGUACAGUUCUGACAGUGAUUUCAAUUCUAAAUGCAAUGCUGUGUGUACAGUUCUGACAGUGAUUUCAAUUCUAAAGGCAAUGCUGUGUGUACAGUUCUGACAGUGAUUUCAAUUCUAAAGGCAAUGCUGUGUGUAGUUCUGACAGUGACUUCAAUUCUAAAGGCAAUGCUGGGUGUAUAGUUCUGAUAGUGAUUUCAGUUAGGCAAUGCUUUGUGUACAGUUCUGACAGUGAUUUCAGAUAAUCAAAUCACUUUUUGUAUGAUUCUGACAGUGAUUUCAGAUAGGCAAUGAUGUAUAGGGACUUUGCCUUACACACUUACUUCAGAAUGUCAUUCCCCCCCCCCCCCCCCCCCCCAGAGUGCUUUAAAAAAUACGUUCUUUCAAAUACAAUUUAAACUUAUUGUCAAAAUAAAAUACUUGUAUUAUUUAGUUUUUUCACUUCAUUAUUUCAGUAAAUGGGUUUCUAGUCCUUA